AGCUUGGCUGAAAACGCGCGUUUUAAGGCGUUUCCGUACUAAAGUAUUCCGUUGUACCUUUUAGAGAUGCCAAAGGAAUCAAAAAAGGAUACUAAGGUUAGCAAGCGCGCUGACGACGGUAAGAAGCGCCGUGCCAAGAAGGACCCCAGCGCUCCCAAGCGUGGUUUGUCUGCCUACAUGUUCUUCUCCCAAGCCCACCGCAAGACCGUUCAAGAAGAGAACCCUGAGGCCGGUUUCGGUCAAAUCGGCAAGAUCUUGGGUGACAAGUGGAAGGCCAUGACUGACAAGGACAAGGAGCCUUACAUUGCCCAAGCCGAAACUGACAAGAAGCGCUACGAAAAAGAAAAGGCUGCUCAUGAUGGCAAGGACGAGGAAUAAAUCAAUCUUAGCAAAAUGCUAGGUCCAUAAGCCCUCUCAAAAAAACCAAAAAAAAACUUUUUUUUUCUUUUCUUUUUCAAUUAAUGUUUUCUUUUGUGUUUUGUGAACCUUUUCCCGUCUCUCCCCACCAUCCGCCUUUCUUUUUCCAU